CUUAAACUCCAGGUAGAAAUCACAUCUAAAGCGCGUCAGUUACAAUCAUAUCGUGUACGUUAAUAUUGUAUUUAACACAUUUGAUAUUUAAAGAUCACGUACCGGACAAAAGAUCAUCUGCGCUAACCAGAUAUGGCAAUGUGAGUUUUAAAAUGUUUUGCUUUAGCAGCAACACUUUUAGCAACAUGGAAGGACGACUUUGUUGAUGCCGCAUUUUCCUGGGGUAACCCGGUUAUAGAGACAGUCGGCAGCCCGUCAUAUACAUAUUCCUUCAAUGGCCACGGCGAAUACGUGUUCUUGAAAUCAGAGAAAGGCUUAGAGAUACAAGCACGUCUGGAUUACUUGAUACACGGAAUCAAGGGUUCCACAAUAUUCACGGCGUUCACGUUUACAAAUUAUAAAACUAACGAAACAGUUCAAAUGGAGUUACACAGACCCUCAAAGCAUAUGGCAUUGUUUUUGAAUAAUGGAACUCUCUUGAAGACAUCCGACAACUACACGAUUGGACCUCCAUUACUGACCCAUGGAUUUCUUGUAAUGGGUUUGCGACCGCCUUCAAUUGGAUUUCGCGUUUUGCCUCACCUGGCAUUGAACAACAUAGCAAUGGACGUGACGACCGAUGGAGAGUUCAUGAAUAUCAGAGUUACGUCUACACCCGCUCUCACUAAUAUGACAGGUUUAGCAGGAAACGUUGACGAGGGUAGUUUUGUUUCACAAAAUGGAAUAAAGUUUCCAAUAAACGCCAGUGAAAUGGAAAUGUUCGAUUUCGGCGAAUCAUGGUCUCUUAGAAAUCAGCCUCAGUAUUCGAAGUUUAAUUACAACUUGAGCGAGGGAAACUUCAGUACCUUCAACGUAUUUUCGAAACCACGUUUUCUUGAACAUCUCCUCUCCAAUUUAACAACAUUGCUUGAGAUAUGUCCUAGCAAAAAUGUGACAGCUAUUACGGCAGACGUUUGCAAAAACAAAUGGGACAGUAAAUUGGACAAAGAUUGUCUGUUGACGAUGGCAAGAACAUGUAACGCAUCGCUUGCAGAGGCAGUACACAACGAAGUGGAACGGAAGCACGAAUAUUUCAUGAGAAAAAAUAACAGACCUCCUGUCUUUCUUACUUCCAUGAUGAAUUCAACAACGAUAUAUAAGGGAAACACUUCAUUUGUUUUGAACCUUACACACUCAAUUUUGGACGAAGACAUCCAUGAAUUACGUUUUGAAGUUGGACCGUUGAUUUCGGACGAAAUGGACAUAGUCGAUGGUGUGUUUAAUUGGACGGUUGGCACGACUCUCCGGAACAUGAGCGGUAGAACACUGCGAUUUAUCGUGUUCGACAAAUACAACAUGUCUGACGAGCAUACCGUUUUGUUCCGGUACUGCGGUUGUGAGGAAUCAGAUCAGUGUAGUUUUAGGGAUGAAAAUGAUGAAACAGCCGAAUGCGUUUGCCAAAAUCGAUACUCAACUGGUACAUUCUGUGAAAUCAAGACCAAUCCCUGUGACGUAUACAGGUGUUACGACCAGUACUCAUGCAACAACUCGGAAUACCGUGAAUCCCCGUGUACGAAUUGUCCUCCAGGCUUUUAUGAAGAAGAUGUUGGACAGACCCAGCAUUGCAUAGAUAUAAAUGAAUGCAAUAAUACGCGUGUCCAUCACUGUGAUCACGUGUGCCACAAUACCGUGGGGUCAUACAUCUGCCUUUGCCACGUGGUAUACGCAUUAAACGAGGACAACAGGACUUGUACAGAUAUUGACGAAUGUGAUGUAGGCAAAGGUCCGUGCAUGAAACCGCACGAGGUUUGCAUGAAUCUUCCUGGGAACUAUACUUGCAUGUGCACUUCAGGAUAUGGCAGAGAAACACCUGACGCCGAAUGCAAGCCGAAGGCCGAUUCAGUCUCCUUUGGCAAGCUGAGCUACAGCAUUGAAACCAGCAUUCAUAUCAACAUAUCCCGCAUUGAAAAGGACAUAAGUUUACAGAAUUCUGUUAUUGACACUGGUAAGCUAUCGGAUGGACACCCACUGAUGGAACUUUUGAGGCAGCUGGGUUGUUCUGUUGGAAAGACACAAAUUAGUCGAUCAGAUACUAUUGACGACGAUGAGCAAGGCAAAAUACCAGAUGCCUGACAGUUUGCAAAUUGUGAACGAGUUGCAGGAUGCAUACAUGCAUGCAUAGUUUGUUAUUAUACAAUUAUUAAAAUCAGUUAGUGAGUAGUUUAAAGACAAAAGUUUGUGAAUAAUCUAUAAUAAAUAAUGUCUAAGCAUG